AUGCGUAGGAGUAGCGGUUCGCUGUCGACCUUCCCCCAGAUUCAAAAUGCCUACUCCAAUCCCCCACCCGCCCUGUCGCUAGCAAACAACGACGGCGCCCUGCAGCAGCAACAACAACAACAAACACAGACACACGCGCGCAGUCGCAGCAAUAGCAUAACAAGCAGGUUCCUAAGACCCAACACUAGCUCAGGCGAUCACCAACAACAGCAGCAGCAAAAGCUCGCGCUUUACCCAAGUCCUCCUCCUGAGACCCCACGCCUCGGCGGCGUGUUGACCAAGGAACGCAGGCCAUCUUUCGGCCGCAAGUCGUCCUUCUCCAGGCUGCGCCGCAGCAGCUCCGCCUCGAAUGUCGCUGCGGCCGCCGCUCAAGAGCCUCCUGGACGUCAGGGCAAGCUUCGCGUAACCGUCGACCGCUCCGCUCCCCCACUGCCCGACAUUUCUAGGUCGCGAUACUCUCGCCUCGACAGCGCUCAGGAGUCUUCUUUCUACCUUCAUUCGCCUCCCCUGUCCGCCGAUUCCUUCUCCAAGAUGCUGUCGCGGACGGCAACAAACAGCAAUAGCGGGCAGAUGGCCCCGCCGCCAGCCCCGACCUCGGGUCAGACGGACUCUUACAGUAUGGUCUACCAGCAUAUACAAGAGACAGCCAACAAAAGGAUUUCUACAUUAGAUUACCUGCGAAAAGCACACGAGGGUCGCGUCUACUGGUUCAACACGCUACUCUUCGACAAGCCCGAUCUAGCGCGAAUGCCCUACUUCGAUAGCCGCAAGCUCGCCCGUCGCGCAACAAACUACCUUUUGCUUGGUCUCUCCCUUCCCGCCGUCGUCGAUCUCAACAGCUCAACCCCACUCGAGUUUCUCCGCAGUCUAAACAUACUCCUUGGCGAGUUCGAGACCUUCCAGACCCUUCACUCUGAGUCCGGUACCGCCGCGUCGUCCCUGUCCCGCGCCCGCAUUCCCAACAUGUUCCGCCGCGGCGCCCAGUCCUCCAAAACUCGCCGCACUUCUGGCGCCAACGACCUCGGGAUAGCUGGCCUUGACCAGUCCGAGUCCAACGGCGGUCCGCCAACCGGCAGCCUUAUGGACGGCGGGUCCUCAACUGGCGGCGAGGCUCCUGCAUUAUCCUUUGCUGCCAGCGAUACGGACCUGCUCCCGGGCGAGGAGUACACGCACCUGCUAACGCCGUCGCUGCCAUUCGACCCGGACUUCUUUGAGACCUUUGCCACCCUCUGCGACGUCCUGAUAGACUGCUACAGGCGCCUGUUGACGCUCCUCUCGUCGCCCAGGGACUGCAACGCUCAGAUCGCGGAACUCUUCACCAAGGCCGACGCCAGGGUGCGCAAGAUAAUCAUCCAGGGUGCUGUCAAGGAGUUCGAGGACACGAGUCGUGCAGGCGUUAAAAAUGAGGUCGCCAACGUGGGCAAGGUCGUUCUCGGCUCAUUGAUGUAA